UAUUACUUAGCGAACUCAAAUUAGCCCGUAUAAAAUUAGGUUCAGUAGCAGGAGAGCACCCUCGAGUCCUCGACAGUUUCUCUCGCUUGGUUCAUGCCAUUACUAUAAUUAUUAUAAUUAUAAUUAUAAUUAUAAUAUCAACACAGCACGGUUAUUCGCUUCGUCUCUCUGUAGCUCGGAUUUACAUCGCUCAUCAAGAUCUUUUGUUCGUUUUUUCAUCGUGACCUGCAUUUCCUUCCUCUGUAACAAUGCCUCUGAGUUUGGAAAUUAAGAGAAAACUUGCUCAAAGAUCUGAAAGAGUAAAGUCUGUAGAUCUACAUCCGACAGAGCCAUGGAUAUUAGCAAGUUUGUAUUCUGGGGCGGUUACCAUCUGGAACUACCAAACUCAGACAAUGACAAAAUCUUUUGAAGUCACUGAUCUACCAGUUAGGUCUGCAAAGUUUGUAGCACGUAAGCAAUGGGUGGUAGCCGGUGCUGAUGAUAUGUUUAUCCGAGUAUACAAUUAUAAUACCAUGGACAAGAUUAAAGUAUUUGAGGCACACACGGACUAUAUUAGGUGUGUAGCUGUUCAUCCCACUCUGCCAUAUGUGUUGUCAUCUUCUGAUGACAUGCUCAUAAAGCUAUGGGACUGGGAGAAGGGCUGGACAUGCACUCAAAUUUUUGAGGGUCAUUCCCAUUAUGUAAUGCAAGUGACAUUUAAUCCUAAGGACACAAAUACUUUUGCUAGUGCAUCUCUUGACCGGACAAUAAAGAUUUGGAAUCUUGGUUCCCCUGAUCCAAACUUUACACUCGAUGCCCAUACGAAAGGUGUUAACUGUGUAGAUUAUUUCACUGGUGGUGAUAAGCCUUACUUAAUAACUGGUUCUGAUGAUCAUACUGCUAAGGUGUGGGACUACCAGACUAAAAGCUGUGUACAAACCCUAGAAGGCCAUACACAUAAUGUAUCUGCUGUUUGUUUUCAUCCUGAACUACCUAUCAUAAUCACAGGUUCUGAAGAUGGUACUGUUCGUAUAUGGCAUGCAACAACUUAUAGACUCGAAAAUACAUUGAAUUAUGGUCUUGAAAGAGUCUGGGCAGUUGGUUCUAUCAAAGGUUCAAGAAGGGUUGUGAUUGGUUACGAUGAAGGAACUAUCAUGGUUAAAAUGGGCCGUGAAGAACCCGUUGCUAGUAUGGACAACAGUGGAAAAAUUAUAUGGGCAAAACAUAAUGAGAUUCAAACUGUCAACAUCAAGAGUGUGGGAUCCGAUUACGAGGUCACUGAUGGAGAAAGACUGCCUUUGGCUGUCAAGGAAUUGGGAACCUGUGACCUCUACCCUCAAAGCUUAAAACAUAAUCCGAAUGGACGAUUUGUUGUUGUUUGUGGAGACGGGGAGCACAUCAUAUAUACAGCUUUAGCCUGGAGAAAUCGGUCUUUUGGCCCCGCACUUGAAUUUGUUUGGUCAUCUGAUGGAGAAUAUGCUGUGAGGGAAAGUACAUCAAGGGUAAAGAUAUUCAGUAAAAAUUUUCAGGAGAAGAAGAGCUUCCGGCCUACUUUUGCUGUUGAGCAUAUAUAUGGGGGUACUUUAUUGGCAAUGUGCUCAAGUGAUUUCAUUUGCUUCUAUGAUUGGGCUGACUGCAGGCUGAUACGACACAUUGAUGUUAAUGUUAAAAAUCUGUACUGGGCGGACAGUGGUGAUUUAGUUGCAAUUGCAUGUGACUCUUCAUUUUACAUUCUUAAAUAUAAUCGUGAUGUUGUUUCUGCACAUCUUGAUGGAGGAAGAUCUGUUGAUGAACAAGGGAUAGAAGAAGCUUUUGAACUCCUUUAUGAGAUCAGCGAACGUGUCAGAACUGGAAUGUGGGUUGGGGAUUGCUUCAUUUACACUAAUUCAUCCUGGAAACUAAAUUAUUGUGUUGGCGGUGAGGUCACAACAAUGUUUCAUUUGGACCAUCCCAUGUACCUGCUGGGUUAUCUGGCAAAUCAAAGUAGGAUUUAUUUCAUUGACCGAGAGUUCAAUGUUAUAGGAUACACAUUGCUCCUCGGUUUGAUUGAGUACAAGACGUUGGUGAUUCGUGGUGAUCUAGAGCGAGCGAAUGAGAUCUUACCCUCAAUUCCUAAGGAGCAUCACAAUAGUGUGGCCCGUUUCCUGGAAUCUCGAGGAAUGGUAGAGGACGCAUUAGAAGUUGCAGUUGAUCUUGACUACAGAUUUGAACUAGCCAUACAACUAAGGAAGUUUGAAGUUGCCAAGGAAAUUGCUGAAACAGUACAGAGUGAGUCGAAAUGGAAGCAGUUGGGUGAACUUGCUAUAUCUUCCGGAAUGUUUGAGUUGGCAGAGCAAUGUUUGAAACAUGCAAAUGACUUGAGUGGUUUGCUAUUACUCUACUCUUCUCUAGGAGAUGCUGAUGGAAUAACUGAACUUUCUUCUCUUUCCAAGGAGAAUGGGAAAAAUAAUGUGUCAUUCCUUUGUUUGUUCUUAUUGGGUAAAGUGGAAGAGUGCAUUCAGCUAUUGGUAGACAGCAAUCGGCUACCUGAGGCUGCAUUUAUGGCCCGAUCUUAUUUACCUAGUAAAGUAUCAGAAAUAGUUGAAAUUUGGAGAAAGGACCUUGGCAAGAUUAACCAAAAAGCUGCAGAGGCUUUGGCUGAUCCCGAAGAAUACCCUAACCUCUUUGAAGAUUGGCAGGUUGCACUUGCAGUAGAAUCUAGUAUUGGUGAGGCAAGAGGUAGCCUUCCACCAGCAUCUGAUUAUAUUAAUCAAGCCCAUAGAACAACAAACCUUGUUGAGGCUUUCAAGAACAUGAAGAUGGAUGAAGAUGAACCUCUUCAAAAUGGAGACUUGGAGCAUGAGGAAGCUGACCAGAAUGAGGAUAAGGUACAGUUUCCAGAGCAAGGUGAUGAUCCUCAAGAAGAGUCUGCUCUAGUAGAUGCUUACUCACCGGAUGGUCCUCUACUUGUUGAUGGAAAUGAGGCUGACGAACAGUCAACAUAAAAGUAAUUGGAAGUUCUUUUAGGCUGUGGGCGCAAAAGUUGUGUUAAAGUGCAAUCUUGAAACCAAACACACCUCUUGAUCUCUGUUUGUGUUGUGAUUUUGUAAAACCUAAGAGUACACACACCUACUGAGCUUGAGUUACUAGUUUAGCAGUUCACUUUUUAUUUAAAGUAUGGUAUAUCCUAGCUUGAGUUACCCGUAAACAUAAUGUCCCUGUUUUGCGUAUAAUUUGUGUUCCAACGAUUUAUUAUUUGUAAUACGGGUCUCUUAACUCCUCGUGAUGCAAUAUGUAGUUAUUUUUAAAAAAUAAAUUUUGAGCGUUAGGUUCAA